AUGGAACACCCGAUGCCCCAAUGGUUAGACAGCAAUCAUAUGGAUCCAAAAUGGGUCGAAAAGGCAACGGGAAUCUCGUGCAGAUCCUGCGUGGCAGUUGACAUUAGCAACGAAGGCCGAAAGUCAAAAGGCGAUGUGAAAGAUGGAGCCACUCUUCGCCUCACGUUGGAUGACCUUGAUAAAAACAACAAAAACAACAAAAACAACAGCAGCAGCAGCAACACCAGCAACACCAGCACACUAGUAGUCAAGCAAGUUACGGAAAGUCAAGGGACUGCAAUGUCCAAGCAAUUAGGGUUGGCCCGAGAAGCUUUGUUUUACAGUCAGUUGUCCCAAGAUCUUCCUGCCAACCUCUUUCCUAAAAUCCAUUACAGUUAUGGAAAUUACGAGACGGGAGAAAAAUGUGUGAUCAUGGAGGAUUUAGAGAAUGCCAUUGAUUCGGGAGUCUUGUUUGGUCCUGGAAAUCCCAACAAUUGGAAACGUGAUUUGCCCACCCUGGCGGCCAAGGCUGGAAAUCCAUCAUCAAAGCAAGUGGCCAUGGUCACCUUUGUGCAAAUGGCCAAGGUCCAUGCCACCUAUUGGAAAUCUUCCAGCAAACUCUUGACGAAUGACAAAUCAUGGCUGAGGGGACAAGAUUGGUUGCAAGGACAAGGGCAAGACAGCUGGAAGGCAUCUCAAGGAAUGCUUCAAAAUUGGUGGAAGGACUACUUGGAAGCCGAUCAACCAGCAAUCAUCAAAUGGGACCCAAAAGUCCAAAAGGCUACCGAAAAGGCCAUGAAUGGAAUUUCAUGGGAGUCUCAGCUGGAACGUCUCCACACCAAUGGACAUUGGACCUUGGUCCACGGCGACUUUUGGCCGGGAAACAUUAUGUGGAUGAUUCUUGGCAGUAACAGCAACAACAAUAAUGAUGAUGAUGAUGACCAAAUCAAGAUUAUUGAUUGGGAAAUGGUGGGAUUGGGAUCGGGACCACAAGAGUUGGGUCAGUAUGUCAUUUCGAACAUGGACCCUGCCGAACGACGAGCCAGUGAAAAGGAACUGGUACAAGCCUAUUACAAGGAGUUGCAAGCGAACCUAGAAGACGAAAAGUGCUGUAGCUGGGAGUACUGCUGGAGCGAGUACAAAAUUGGUGGAGUCGAACGAUGGUUAUGGUUUCUAGUCUAUUUCAUUGGUAAUGGUAUGGGCGAUUGGGCACAAUUCUUUCACGAUCAGAUAUCCGAGUUUAUGAACGAUCACAAUCUGUCGGAAGAUGACAUUACCCAGCCUCGACCAUGA